UCUUAUAUUUUUUUCCUAAUCUUAUCCACAGCAACAAGGUGUGGGAAAAAAUGUAAAUGUGCCAACAAGCCCAGACUGGUUCGGUAUUGAAUGGCACGGUUCUGUAACGAGAACCGUAGGUGGAAAAACAGCUGUGUUGUCCUGCAAACUCUACACUGAAACAACGGAACAGACUCCUAUCUUUGACAUUUUGCACAUUUAUUCCAAUGUUAGACUAUUUUUAUUGAUUACUCAGACUUAUAGUAAUUUUUACAAAUCUUCUCUGAUGUGACCCUGUGUAUGGAACAUGUUUGACAUCAUUGGACCCUAUAAUUACCUUGAAUGGUGAUAAAUACAGAACAUCUUUUUCAUAGGUGCAAAUUAGCCAAACACUUUAACAUCCUUGAUUGCCCUUUCAAUUUAUUUUUGGUCUUUUAGGAACAUAUCUGAAUUAAGCAUAUUUCAAGACUUUGAGGCCUUGAAUUUGGAUGCCAUCUUGAUGGGAAAUUAUUUUAUUAAUGACACUGAUACGGAGCAGUUCAAAAAACAUAUUGCUACAAGUUUAAUCUCCCUUACGUCCAAGAGUUAGGCAAGAAACAUACUAUACGCAAUUACACAACGCAGAUGUGAAUGCUUGGCCAAUGCAAGCACAGUCCCAUUGUACAUGCAUGCAAUGGGCCUCAUUCAUGAAACUUUCAUAAUUAUAUGAGUAAAUUGGAAGUAAUUUGUGCAUAAAAUAGACCUUCCUGAAAACGUUUCUCCGGAUUCACAAUAGCCGUGUACACCCCAGAUUUGGGAGUUAAAUUAGUGUAUGUUAGUGAAUUCCAAACAUUUGUAAACGGCACAAAAGGCAAAUUCACAAUUAUCAUAAUCCAUGCCUACGAAUACAACAUCUAAGUGUCACGAUUGAAGGUGGAGGCAGACACAGGAUGAGGAUCUAGUCGCAGCGGAGGUUUUAUUUAGACAAGGGUAAUACAAAACAUGAACAAAAGUAAACAUCCACGAUGGGAAAAAGAUAAACAAAACACGAAAGGCAAACAAAGGGUUAACAAAUUAUAAAUGGGUAUAACAACGGAGAAGUAACAAUGAUGGAAGCAUGGGAAACAGGCAUCAACUUACAACAAAGACCGACAAGGGAAAGGAGAAACAGACACGGUUAAAUACACGAACACAAUGAAGACUCAACGAGACACAGGUGAGAACAAUGAAGAGUGCAGGCAGUGAGAGGGGCCGGGAAUUGUGGGAAUUGCAGUUUUUGACAAGGACAGUGAAACACGGGGCGAACAAGGAAAACACGACAUUGAGCGCGAACGGUGACGGGUGAAGUGGAAAACACGGAGCAGACAAGGAAACAUGACAUAAACGUGAUAGUGCGACAGAGAACACAAGGCAGACAACAGGUAAUCGUGACAGAAUCCCCCCUCAAAAGGACCGGAUUCCAGACGGACUUAAGACACAGGAGGGAAAAACCAACAGGAAUAAACAGAUGUACAGGGCGAGAGGGGCUAGAAGGGAGGAAAAACUAACAGACCAAAGAGGACACAAGGCACACAAAGACAGAGUAAGGGGGUACAAGGAGCAAUUAGGCAGUCCACGGGGGCACAAGAGGAAACCAGGUAGUCCACGGGGGCACAAGAGGAAACCAGGCAGUCCACGGGGGCACAAGGGGCAAUUAGGCAGUCCGUGGGGGCACAAGAGGAAACCAGGCAGUCCACGGGGGCACAAGAGGAAACCAGGCAGUCCACGGGGGCACAAGAGGAAACCAGGCAGUCCACGGGGGCACAAGAGGAAACCAGGCAGUCCACGGGGGCACAAGGGGCAAUUAGGCAGUCCGUGGGGGCACAAGGGGCAAUUAGGCAGUCCGUGGGGGCACAAGGGGCAAUUAGGCAGUCCGCGGGGGCCCAAAGGGAAAGGUUUAGGAGGCCAGGGAGGUAUCGACCGGGCAGGGACAGGUUUCGGUGGUCUGGGAGGUGUUGCCCGGGCAGGGUCGGGUUUAGAUGGCCCGGAGGCUGGCCGUAAGGCAAGGGCCGGUUCAGGGGCCCUGGGAGGAGGCCAAAGGGCUAGGGCUGAUCCUAGGGGCCUUGGAGAUAAAGCUGAGGGAGGCUCUGGGGGCUCUGGAGACGGUGCUGAGGAAGGCCUAGGGGGCGGAGCCAAGGAUGGCUCAGGAGGUGGAGCCAAGGGCGGUGGCGCCAUAGGCAGCUCUAGAGGCGGAGGCCUGGAAGGCUCUGGGGACGGAGCCGAGGAGGGCUCAGGAGACGGAGCCGAGGGCGGUGGCGCCGUAGGAGGCUUAAGAGGUGGAGCCGUAGAAACCUCUGGAGUCUCUGGGAGCAGAGCCAUGGGAGGCUCGGGAGGCGGAGCCGUAGGGGGCUUGAGAGGCGGAGUUCUAGAAGGCUCGAGAGACUUGAGGGGCGGAGCUCUGGGAGGCUCGAGAGGUGGAGCUCUGGAAAGCUCGAGAGGCGGAGCCCUGGGAGGCUCGAGAGGCGGGGCCCUAGAGGGUUCGAGGGGCGCUGGCUGUUGGACGGUCCUAGCUGCUGGCGUUGGCUCUUGGACGGUCGAGGCUUCAGGCGCUGGCUCAGGGACGGUCAAGGCUUCAGGCGCUGGCUCAGGGACGGUUGAGGCUUCAGGCGCUGGCUCAGGGACGGUCGAGGCUUCAGGCGCGACAGGCUCGCUCACAGUGAUGUGCGUAGGCGUUGGCUCGCUCACCGUGAUAUGCGUAGGUGCCGGCUCACUGACCGUGGCAGGCGCUGACUCGCUGAACCGUGGCAGGCGCGGGUGCUGGCUCGUUGACCGUGGCAGGCGUGAGCUGGAGAGCGGAGGCUUUCCUUCUCCUCCUCCUCCGGGCGGAAGAAGUUGGCUGCGCUGGCUCAUCGAUCCGGGAUGGCAAGGGCUCAGGCUUGACAGCCGGAAACACGAGGAGUGGUUCCUCGGGUGCGAGUUUCUUGAGGGUGAGACUCACGUACUCCCUCCAAGUGUGCUCUCUGAAUUCCGGCGCUUCCCACCACCGGGCUGAUGGUAACCCGCUCCGGUAGAUGAGCUUCAGGGAAGCGUUGUCGAACCCGGUGUGGAUGACGACCGUGGAGAAGAGCCGUGAGUACUCGCAAACGGGAAAAUUUGCAUGGGCCAGUGUGGUGAAAACCGCUGCUAGAUCCAUUUGCGGUCGGUCUUUCUGUCACGAUUGAAGGUGGAGGCAGACACAGGAUGAGGAUCUAGUCGCAGCGGAGGUUUUAUUUAGACGACAAGGGUAAUACAAAACAUGAACAAAAGUAAACAUCCACCAUGGGAAAAAGAUAAACAAAACACGAAAGGCAAACAAAGGGUUAACGGGAGGCAUAAACGGGUAUAACAACGGAGACGUAACAAUGAUGGAGGCAUGGGAAACAGGCAUCAACUUACAACAAAGACCGACCAGGGAAAGGAGAAACAGACACGGUUAAAUACACGAACACAAUGAAGACUCAACGAGACACAGGUGCAGUGUUGCCAACUAUUUUCAAUGGAAAGUAGCUAAAGCCUGCUCGAAAAGUAGCUAAAUGUCGCCAGAUGACGUCAUGCGUCAUUAGCAUAUUAAUGACGUAAUCGCGUCGUAUUUGCAUGUGAUCACUGAUUGGUUCCUGCUAACACAGCGUGCACAUGCGCAGCUCAUUCAUGUCUAUGUCCGCUGGCGUGCAGUCAACGGAAUGUGCUGCUCCUCUCAGCCCCUCACAGAACAGAGCAGACGCAGCGGGGAAGUAAGACCUCACGCUUGCAGUACUGGCGAUAUUUGGAAUUUGGAAAGUUGUUAAGGUUUGUCCAAAAAGUCGCUAGAUUUGUCGCUAGUCGCUUUUUUGAAAAAAUGUCGCUAAAGGGGUCUGAAAAGUCGCUAAAAAUAGCGACAAAGUCGCUAAGUUGGCAACAAUGCACAGGUGAGAACAAUGAAGAGUGCAGGCAGUGAGAGGGGCCGGGAAUUGUGGGAAUUGCAGUUUUUGACAAGGACAGUGAAACACGGGGCGAACAACAAGGAAAACACGACAUAGAGCGCGAACGGUGACGGGUGAAGUGGAAAACACGGAGCAGACAAGGAAACAUGACAUAAACGUGAUAGUGCGACAGAGAACACAAGGCAGACAACAGAUCCUGAAUAGCUGGCAGGUGUUCUUCCAUAUGCCAUGGUGUCCUCGUUCAAUGUUGUGGAGUUUGUGGAUGAGGUUGACCCUGAUGGCUGCAAGAAAAUUGACAUAAUUCCAUUCGAGUGGUUCAAGGGCACAGAGAGAAAAGAAUGCUGGUGGCCACCAGCCUCACUGGUCAAUGUAACGAAGGCUGUGAAAGAGCACACACCACCAGCCAGCAACUGGAUAGCGUGUAACGUGCGUGUAAUGCGAAGUGCAGGGCUGGGAUGACGCGUCGACGUAAUCGAUGACGUCGACGCAAAAAAUAUGUCGACGCAAAAUAUGCGCGUCGAUUCGUCAGACCAAAACAAAGAUGGCGGCGCCGGAGAGUAGAAGCAAAACGAGUGGCUCCUCAGACUACCAGAAGUGCAAGGCGGCACGCACUCGUUCAUCUAAAGAAUGGGAAUUCUUUAAUUUAAAAGGAAAAAAUUAUGUGAUAUGUCGUCUUUGCAAAAUGGAGAUGGCUUUCCAUUCUAGCACCACGGCAAUGCACCAGCACUAGGGCUGGGAUGACGUCGACGCAAAAAAUACGUCGACGCAAAAUAUGCGCGUCGAAUUGUCAGACCCAAAACAAAGAUGGCGGCGCCGGCGCCAACACGAGUGGAUCCUCAGACUAUCAGAAGUGCAAGGCGGCAUGCACUCGUUCCUCUAAAGUAUGGGAAUUAUUUAAUUUAAAAGGAAACAAUUCCGUGAUAUGUCGUCUUUGCAAAAUGGAGAUGGCCUUCCAUUCUAGCGCCACCCGGGAGCAGCCGCAGAUGACAGAGCACCGGUGCCAGCCAUCCACACAGAGGCUGUUGUGAAGAAUGCUCACCAGCACCUUUUCUUCCUGAGACGGCUGAGGAAGUUUGAAAUGAGCACACGAGCACUGUAGAGAGCAUCCUGACAGGCUGCAUCACUGCCUGGUACGGCAACAGCACUGCCCUCAACCGCAAAGCCCUGCAAUGGGUGGUGCGAACUGCCACCCACAUCAUCGGAGGUGAGAUUCCCUCCCUACAGGACAUCUAUACCAGGCGGUGUGUGAAAAAAGCUCAGAGGAUCAUCAGAGACUCCAGCCACCCAAGCCAUGGACUGCUCUCACUGCUACUAUCAGGCAGCCAGUACCGUAGCAUCAGGACCCACACCAGCUGACUUCAUGACAGCUUCUUCCCCCAAGCAAUCAGACUUUUGAACUCUUGAUCGUUCACGUUACAUAUAUCAGCGCUGCACUUUAUUAGCUUCAGACUGGACUCACAUUUUAUACUUAACAUAUACACACGGGCAACUGACUAUCAUCUGACAGCUGAAUAUCAACACAACACUUCAUAUUUAUUUACACUGAAUACAUGGUGUACAGUGUAUUUUUAUUGUAUACAGUCUUCUUAUUUUGUGUAUACCGUAUAAUGUAUAUUAUUAGGUGUAUAUUUUAUUUUGUGUUGUGUAACAAGAUGUAUAAACUGGGUUACGUGUAAAUCAGAUGUUUAUUGUAAUUGUCAUACUGCUUUGUUGCUUGAAACUGCACCAAAUACUUUCACCAACUGUUGCAUUUGUGUAUGUCGUAGAGUAAAAAUAAAGGGAUUUGAAUAACAGGCACCAAAUAUAUAAUUAACCAUAAACAUCACAUAAAUAGGUUUCCUGAUUUAGCUGAGCUUUUGUUCUGGAGAGGCACAAAGCUUUACAUAGUUUCUCUGCUGUAACUGACUUUGUUGUCUUUGCUCCAUUCUCUCUAACCAUGUCAUUGCUUUGA